UACCAGCAACUCUUUUUUUUGCAAUCAACCCCCCACAAGUUAAAGACUUUACACUAAAUUUCUUACCUUUUUCCUACAAAAGAUCAGAAAUACACAAACUUGGGUUGAAAGCGAAUAGGAUCAUCAACACUCAUUCAUUUAUCUCCACCACUUUUCUCUAUCUCUUUCUCUCUCUUCAAAUGUCAUAUUCUGCCAUAUACUUCCUACAAGGACGCAAGAAACAAAUGCUUUCACCCCAUCUGUUCAAGGGGUGAUUAUAGCCCUCCACUCCUUACUGCCUCCUCAUAGAGCUAGCUCCAAUUCCAUUCUCUACUCAAGUCCCCUUCGUCCCUCUCCCAACUCUCUUCUUCUCCCACAUCAUUCUCAGCAACAGAAAAGCAGCACAACAAUCAACACUAAAGAAGCCAAGUAGCUAGCUAGCAUAUUCUUAAACCAGAGCAAACAGAACAAAGUAAGAAAAGGAGCAAAAGAGAAGUGUGUGCGCGUGUGAAGAGGUAGACAGAGAGGGUCUUCUCCUUGUCCUUUUGAUCCCGAAGAACCUAAACAAUGGAGUUGUUUUCCGCUCAACCAGACCUUUCACUGCAGAUAAGCCCUCCAAACAGCAGCAAACCGAGCACAAGAUGCAACAGCAGCUCAGCAGAAGACACAAUUGACUUUGGAUUUUGGAGGAGACCCGCUGUCGCCACACCUAUUCUGCCGGUAAAAUCCCCCUCCGGUGCGGGAACCAUUAGCUUCGUCGACCUUUCACUCACAAGUCCCUCUCCCUCAACCACCACUACCUCACGCCAUCCUUUACUCAAUGAAUCCCAUCACCAAGAUCUCACCUUUCUACGCCCCAUUCGUGGUAUACCAGUCUACCAUACCUCUCCUUCCUUCCCUUUUCCUCUUCCUCACCAUCUCCACCUCUUCGACUCCUCACGCUCGCCUUCAAGGUUUCUUCCCCGGUUUCCAGCAAAGAGGAGCAUGAGAGGACCCAGGAUGCGGUGGACUUCCACUCUCCAUGCUCGCUUCGUUCAUGCCGUUGAGCUCCUCGGUGGCCAUGAAAGGGCGACUCCAAAAUCGGUUCUUGAGCUUAUGGAUGUGAAAGAUCUCACCUUGGCUCAUGUGAAAUCGCACUUGCAGAUGUAUCGAACUGUCAAGACCACUGAUAAGGCAGCAACUUCAUCAGGACAAAGUGAGCCCAUUGAGAUCUCCGACGACAACUUGUUUGAUACUAACAAUUCCCAGGGAUCAGAUCACUCUUCAGUUCAGAACUUUUGGUCAGCAGAUCAAAAUUGCACGAAUUCUUAUGGAUUAUGGAGCAGUUCCCCAAGUAAGGGAGGCUAUUACCAGGACAAGCCAAAGGAAUCAGCCAUUGGAACCAUGUCUUGCUUUGAGAACAAAAUACAUGCAAGAAGCUUGAAUAUGAUAUCAGAUCUCAACUCGUCUUAUCUCUCAGAGAAUAGCUCAAAGAAGCUCAAUCUUGACUUCACUUUGGGAAGGUCAUAGUGAACAAAUUUUGCAUGAAAAAGCUGCAAUUUUGAUGAAAAGAAGACGGUCCUUUGGUUUUUUGUCUCAGAAAAUAUAAAAAAAGAGAGGAUGACAAUGAAAAAAUGAGUCAGAAAGUGAAUGAAAGGAAAGUGAAGAGAGAGAGAGAGAUGAAGAAAAUGUAAAAUCAAAGAGCCUAAAGGCUGUGUUUUAUGUCUUUUUGAUUGCAAAUUGCCAGUUAGAGAGUGAUAUAGAGUCAGUAAAAGAGAAAAGAGGAGAAGGUCUUAACUUUAAGAUUUGUAAAGCACAAAAGAGCAUUAGAUUGGUAGCAAUCUCAUGUGCACGAUGCUUUGCCCUGUAGCUUCCCAACAAAGAGUAAAGGUUAGGAGCUAAGUGCUAGGAAAUUGUAGUUUAUACAUUUGGAUUAAUUUAGUGUAUUUUACAGAGGUGCACUUGGUAUCUCACAUUACUUCAA